AGCAACAAAACGAUUUUGCGGACAGUGACGCUGGACGCUGGACGCUAGACGCUUAAACAGCAGUUUUAUUUUUCACUGCUCGGACAUUGUGAACCGGUGUAGAAGCUGUAAAAACAAAUAAAAAAAUAAACAAACAAAAAACAAAAAAAAAAAACACAAAGAAGUGGCACGAGUAAGGAAGUUGUUGUGAAAAGUCGCGUACACGAUUAAAAACACAUACAAACAAACGUAUGUACAUGCAGCGAGCAAGGAAUUUCUAGCUGGAUUUUAGAGUUUGGAUUUUGUGUAUGAAACCGAAAGAAGCUGGAAGAAGUUCAGAGCGAGCGAGUGAGCGCGCACGAAGAAGUGAAAUAAUAGUGAAAAGUGUGGAAAAAUCUAUUAGAAAAAAGUACGAAGCGGCAGAAAAUUGCGAGAAACAGCAGAUAGCCAGUGCGUAGGCAGACAAAAAAAUUUUCCAACAAAAAAAAAACAGCUCCUUUGAUAUAUCAAUUAAAUCGAUUGCUAACGGAAAUAUCGGUGCUCAACGUAAAGCAAAAAAGCAAAAACAACUUGCCAUAAUUAAAUACAAUAACAAAAAAACUAUGUCAGCACACAUAAAUGUUAGCAAUAUAAGUGAAUUAUAGCAUUCUGUGUCUAAUUGGAAAAGUUUAAAAGUUCCUGUGGCUGCCGCGAACGGCCAAAAGAGAAAGUACGCCGAGUUUUUCUUGCCGCUUGGUAAUAAAAAUUUUACUGUUUGAAAACUGGACACAGAGUUUUACGAAAAUUAUUAUUAGUUUUUGUUAUAGCUUUUUUUUUUAAUUAUUCCCAAGUAUGUGUGCCAUGAAAAGCCAACCAUUUGUAAGUGUGGAAAAUUAAAAGGCAAAACUGUUUAGAAAAAAAAAUUUAUUAAAGCUGCAAAAAAAUAAAAAUAAAAUAUAUACCCAAAUAGUGCAAAAAGUCAGCAAAUAUUUUUCCAAAAACCUACCGCAUAUAAAACAACACUCACGUCAUUGCAACGCUGCACUGGAGCAUAGAAUUGCACUUAGAUUUCAUUGCAUAGUCAUUACAAUGCAUAUUCCAAGCGCAUUAAUCAAAUAUUACCCAAUUCCGCAUUCAUUUACAUGCACAAAAAUAAAAGAGUGCAAAAACUUUUGAUUUCCACAAAAAAGUGCUCCAAUUUGAGGCAUUUUUUCUAAGCGAACGCCAAUCGUUGUGUGUUUUUUAGAAGCGUCUGUUGCCUACAGUUGCCGUUAAAAGUUAACGUUCGCUGCAGACGGCAGUUCCCCAAAUGGAUUACCGUUGCUGUAUUCAUCAAAACACCAAAAGCGCCUUUCAUUUGCAUGGAAAAAAUACAAAUUUACUAAUAAACUAAACCGCGAAACAAUAAUAAUAAGUGGAAAAGCGUAGAAAAAUCACAAAUUGAGGCGGCAAACAGUAGCAAUUGGCUAAGGCACGACUGAGAGCAAGAGAAAAUCGAGCUGCAGCAAGUCAUGCGUACGUGACACACACACACAUACACAAAUAUUUACAUGUACGUGCAACCGAGGGAGCAAACAGCGCACGAAUGCCAGCAACAACCGCAAACGCCAACAACAACAGCAACACGAGUAUUGCUAGCAAUCAGCAAGUGCCAUUGCCAGCAGCAAGAACAACAAUCAGCGGCAAGCAGCGGACAGUUGGCAGUGGCAGUGGCAAUACGGGCAACAACAGUAGCAAUAGCAAUAACGUAAGCAGCCAUAAUGGCAGCAAUAAUUACAACAAUUUGCGUCCCGCUAUUGCUGUGAAGCCAAAAACAACUACAACAACAACAUCAGCAGCACCACUGUAUAAGCCACAGCAUAACAGCAACAAUAACAGCAGCGACGCUGGCAAUUACAAUAGGAGUAACAAAAUCGUCAGCAACAACAAUAACAGCAACAGCAGUACCAAAAGCGAUAUGCCCGGCCGUCACAGCUGGGACCCGGGUCGCAUUGGUGUCGAACAUUUGGCCGGCGCAUUGAGUCCGCUCUGCAUCACCGAUUCGAGUCAUGAAAUCGUGCGACCGAAGCCGCGUAGACCCACGGGCAACAUGCGCGGCGACAACAACCUCGUCUUUAGUCCACAACCAAUGAACUCACAACUGCACUGUCCCGUCAUCUCGGCCAACACUACCACGGGCUUACCUAUCAACCAGAACCAAAUGUGCGUGGUGCCUACAACAUCGCCCUCUACCGGUACCACAAUGACUGCCAACUCCGCGCCACUCAAUCCCGCUUCAAAUGGUUUGAGUUCCUCUACUGGUCGCGUACAUAAUCCUGCCGUGGCUACGCCUGCGCCACGCAUCUCCAAAGAGGUCGCGCAACGUUUGAAUAGUGGCAGCGUUAGUGGCGCUCCCACAAUGGUGGUCGGUUCGCCAUCGCCCCACAACAGUAUUGUACCAAAUACAACGAUCAAUAUACGUAACAUGAGCAGUCCGCCGCAAGCGCCGAGUAAGCCGAUGCCUCAACGUGCUUUGGCAGCGCCUACACGUUUAACUGCGCAAAGCACGCCUGUUAAGUCACAGCCGGCAAUGAUCAGCGGCAACCUGUCGGCACAGCAUCUACAGCCGCAACAGGUGGUCGUAUCGCAACAGAAGUCUAAUGACAAGCGGCCGCUGCCUCUUACGCUGGACUUGAGCAACUGUAGUAUAGGCAUUCCGACUGCGGAGGCAGCGUCCGCGAAUGCGACACCAUCCAGCGGUAGCUACCAGCUCAAUACACACGCAGCGUCCAAUGCGACAAGCACACGCACGCAUCAUCAUGAAUUUCGCGCGCUGCAACGCGUUCAGGAAUGUCACAGCUCGUCAGAUGAGAACCGCUCCUCGGGUCAUGCCAGCAUGUCGGACACGGGCGGUCACGGCAGCUCCUCACCAGGUGGCGGCGUGGCGCUUGGUCCGCUACCGGAAGAUCGACUUGCGGCUGCCGUCACUAAUCGUAGCACACGUUCGCGCACGAGUACUAGCCAUUCACGCGCGCGCCACCGUGCUACACCUGCUGCCAAAGCGCCAUGGAGUGGCAGUGGUUUAGAGGAUAUCAAAUUGGCCAUACAGCAGCUGACAAUGCGUUCGCAAACGAGCACUAGCACCUACAGCAGUCUAAGCGCUGGUUCGGAGAGCUCGGAGCCCGCGCGUCGUUUGGGUCGUUACUCUUCACUGGAGACUGUCAACACAAAUGUAACGAACGCCGACGAAUUUGUGUGGGUGGACUCACACAACCGGCUUGUCGAGCUGCAGCAUCCGCCUUGGAGUCAACACUGUAUCAUGCGCGUCAUACGUAACGGUCGUUGCAAGGAGCAGGCUGACCGCGUUUCUGUCGAUACCAUACCGCGUUUGGGUUAUCUGUUGCAGCGCGCUUUGGUGCGCGUCGCUCGAGAAAUACAACGCUUGUCCGCCAGUCUGGGUUUGUGUUCAAAACAGGAGGUAGCCGCAGCCUAUAAAAUCGUAUUGUGUCCAGCGUUGGCAGACUCAUGUAUUAAGGCUUGCCUGCGCGCCGCCGCGAUGUUUGCUGUUACCGGCGACAGUGCUUUGAAGCAAAGUAAAUCGGCCCGUGCGGGUCUACAGCUACCAGUUGGACGCUUUCAUCGAUGGAUGGCCGAUGCACGUCUGGGGAAAUUUAUACACGAGUAUGCGGCGGUGUACCUCUGCGCUGGCAUGGAGAAUCUGCUGGAGGAGUUGCUACUACAGAGUUUUCCUGCAGAUUCAGCAAGUCAAUUUACCACAGCUGUACUGGAUCAAUCCAUUGCGCAUUCCGGCGACCUCUGGGGUCUGCUGCAGCCAUUUGCACAUUUGAACGCAGGUCGGGUAGCUUCAGGCGCGCUGACUAUGCCUCGCUGGGCUAGCCUAUCAUCACUAGGCUCGGGCACCCAAAAAAGCGGCAGCUCCGGCGGCAAUAGCAAUAUAUCUCUUGAGCCCUGCCUACUAACAACUUGUGUUGGCAGCAUAAGCGAGCUAAAGGACUUGACACAGCGCGCUCAACAAAAGUUCCAACACACCGCGCUCUCUAACGCUGCGCUCUCCACGCUCUUCUACUUCAUGCGUUGUUCACAGCUGGAGCACAGCGAUUCGAGUGGCACGCCAUCGAGCGUCAAUGGCAGUGCUGGUGGCAGCAGUCAGAAUGUGCAGGAGCUGUGUUACGAACGCGCAUAUGUCGUGCUGCCACCACUGGUCGAGUGGCUGCGCGUCGCCUCUGCACACGCCGAAUACCGACACGCCGCUAUGAUUGACAAAGAUGAUAUCAUGCAAGCGGCGCGCCUGCUGUUGCCUGGUGUCGACUGUCCCAUGCGUCCGAUUGGUCACGACGAGGAACUGCCAACGAAAAAGACGCACUUCUCGCAUCCUGGCGCCACUACACCCAUUGCAUCAAGCAUCAAUGAAGACACCACAGAAUUGGGCAAACGCGCAACCACUACUUUGGCCUUUAAGCUCAUGUUGACGGGGCGCGCUGAGCUUUUGGCACAAGCAGCCAAUUUAUUGCCGCCCACAACACGCUACGACACCCUCAACCACGCUGGACUGUCAGCGUUGAUGAUCGCUGCUAUACGCAACGAUGAGGUGGCCAUACAGGCUUUACUUGACGCCGGCUGCGACCCGAACGUGGAAGUGCCGCCAGUCUCACAAUCCAACUACCCAGGCAUACAGCCGGACACCCAGCACUGGACUGCCGUGACCUUCGCCGCGAGUCGUGCCAAUUACUUAGCUCUACGCCUGUUGCUGGAGCGUGGCGGCAAAGUUGAAGGUGGCGCACGUUUGAGCGAGGAGAAGACGACUCUAACACCACUGCAGGUGGCAUGCGGUUCAGGUAAUGUCGAGGUUAUUUCGCUACUACUAGCGCAUGGCGCCAACGCAUUCCUCUCAACGCAACAAAAGGAUACUAUGUGCUUCGCAGGCGGCUCAGCACAACGCGGCUCUUACUGCGCCAUCUCGGUCGCUGCAGCGCAUGGACAACGUGUCUGUCUACGAAAGCUGCUUUCGCACCCGAUGUCACCAGGUAACAAAGACGUGCUCUCGCUCGAAGAGAUGCUGGCAGAAGGCGAGCCGGUAGGCAAUGCGGUUCGAGGUGGGGCGUGCGCUGGUAAUUCGGCUAGUGAACGUAUUAGUGCCGAGCUACCCCCCACGCUAAACAAAGCGCAAAUUAAGAGUCUGCAAGAAGCGAUGUAUCACAGCGCUGAGAAUAAUCACUUGGAUAUAACAAUAGAACUCCGCACCUUGGGCGUGCCCUGGACCCUGCAUUGCUGGAUGCACGCUUUGGCUGCGGCGCAUGAGCUGCGCUUGGACGCCGUAAUCGACCAGCUGCUCCAAGACUUUCUGCAGGUUUGUCCUGACGACUACAGUGCACAGUUCGUGAGCGAAUGUCUGCCGCUGCUCUUCAAUAUUUUCCGCUACAGCAAAAAUGAGGGCACAACGUUGCUGUUAGCCGAUAUUUUUGCAACCUGCUUUGGCUGGGAGACCAUUAAACCAAUCAAAGAGGUGGCGCUGCAAUCGGUGAAUAGCUCACGCAUCGAUCCGAAAUUCGUUAAUAACCCAGAACUGAGUGAUGUGACUUUCAGAGUGGAGGGCAAGAUCUUCUACGGCCAUAAAAUCGUGCUCGUCACCGCCUCGCCGCGUUUCCAAAGCAUGCUCAGUUCCAAGCUGAGUGAGGGGAAUACGCCGACCGUCCAAAUUAACGACAUACGCUAUCACAUCUUUCAGCUGGUCAUGCACUAUCUCUACAGCGGUGGUUGUGCCACCCUCGAGGUUAGCAAUUCCGAUGUUUUGGAGCUGAUGGCGGCUGCGAGCUUCUUCCAACUGGAAGGUCUCUUGCGCUAUACCGAAUCACGCUGUUCUGAAAUGAUCGAUAUAGACAAUGUGGUGGCUAUGUAUAUUCACGCCAAGGUCUACAACGCCAAUAAGCUGCUCGAGUACUGUCAGGGCUUUCUGCUGCAAAAUAUGGUCGCUCUCCUCACUUACGACGACUCUGUUAAGCGUUUGCUCUUCGCCAAAAAGGUACCCAAUCACGAUGUGCUCUCGGGUCUCUUGCACACGCUACAACAACGCAUUAAACAGCGUAAGCCCAUGGGGGUAGGCAAUUUCAGGCAGCAACUCAGCUCACCGCCGCCAGGUGGCGCUCACUUAUUGAACACGAGUCUGGGCAUCGGCAACGGCAUCGGCGGCAGUCUGGGCGCUGCCAAGAAGUAAUUUCGGAAAAAGUUAUCAAAGUAAAAGAAAUCAACCGUUUUUGUUAAAAAAACCAUUUUGAGAUUAAAGAGUUAUUUAAGAAAUUUAAGGGAAAAUGUAUGCACACAUAUUUUAAAACUGGUUAUGUUAUGUGUUUAAAUUAGGAAUAUUUUAAAGUUUAGAAGCUGAAAAAAUAGAGAAAAUUCAAAAAUUUGUUCUUCCAGAAUACAAUUCAUGUCACGAUAUUGUUCAUAGCUAAUCACGGUAAUUUAGUAAUAUAUAGUAUCCUUUGUACUUUUUAGAUGUUUUCUUUCGAACUGUUCAGUAAGCUGCCUUCCUGCCUUUCUUGAACUUAUUUUAUUCACAUAUAAAUAUAUAUAUAUAAUAGAUAUAU